ACUUUAUCUGCUGAACCAAAAGGGUGAGGCCUUCUCUCCAUCUAUAAAAGGGCAGCAACCACAGCAGAAGCAGCUCCACACAGACUCCAGACCUCAGACAGCUUCUCAUCAGGGUGACAGAGAUGCUUCUUCCUGUCCUUCUUCUCCUGGGCGUGAGCCUGGCAGACUCUCAUUUCAAACAUAAAGGGGAGUAUCCAGGCACCCCUUUCCUCCAACAAUGUUUCAAGGAAGCUAAAACGAUAGUGGAUGAUGCAUACAAGUACUCCAGAGAAGAGAGCUUAAAGAGAGUUCGUACAGAUGUGGUGAAGCCUCAUGAUGCUCUUCGACUCAUGAAGCAGCCUCGUGGUGACACUCGCUCAGCUGUCAGGUCUGCUGACUACAUGGAGCAGACUCUUCGUCUGCUCCGCGAGAGGGUGCACCGAGUGUACAGGCGCUCCCUCAAUGCAACAGAUUUGCUCAGUCCAGAAGAUCUUGAGAAACUGGCUAAGCUGACUGGAUGUGAAGCUCGGGUCAGACUUCCACAGUGCCAGAUCUUACAAAACAUAAACAAGUACCGGACAGCCACCAGCAUCUGCAACAACCUAAAUAAUCCUCGACUUGGUGCCUCCAACACCCCCUUCACCCGCUGGCUGCCCGCUGAGUACGACGACGGCAUCUCCCAACCCAAAGGAUGGAACAGGAACAGAACAUUCAACAAUUUCCUGCUCCCACUGGUGCGACAAGUGUCCAAUAACAUCCUGAGUACCACCGAUGCAGGCGUGGUCAAUGACACAGAGUACACUCACAUGGUCACUUUGUUUGGCCAGUGGAACGACCACGACCUCACCUUCACUCCGUUCUCCCCCAGCAUCCGCUCCUUCAGCAACGGGUUGAACUGCGAUGAGAGUUGCGAGCAGUCUGAGCCGUGCACCCCCAUCCCCAUCCCUCCUGGUGACCCCCGCCUGCCCUCCCGCCCGGACAGCUGCAUCCCCGCCUUCAGAUCUGCCCCCGUUUGUGGAACAGGGUACUCUGCCUACAACUUUGGAGGAGAGCCCAACAAGAGGGAGCAGAUCAACGCACUCACAGCCUUCCUGGACUUGGGACAGGUGUAUGGAUCUGAGGAGAAACUGGCCCUGUUCCUCCGUAACCUCAGCAGCGAUGCUGGUCUGAUGCGAGUCAACACAGAGUUCAGAGACAACGGCAGAGAACUGCUGCCCUUCCACCCCAUGCAGGUGCAGAUGUGCGCCACUCGCAGAAGAAUCACUAAUGACACCAACGCCAAAGAAGUGCCGUGUUUUAUUGCAGGUGAUGGCCGUGUGGACGAGAACAUCGCUCUGACAUCCAUUCACACACUGUUUGUGCGAGAACACAACCGCCUUGCUCGGGGGCUGAAGAACCUGAACCCACACUGGGACAGUGAGACGCUCUACCAGGAGGCCCGCAAGAUCAUGGGAGCUUACACACAGACAUUUGUGUUCAGAGACUACCUGCCUCAUAUCGUGGGCGAUGACGCGAUGAGGAACCAGCUCGGCCGAUACCCAGGCUACAAUCCUAACAUUGACCCCAGCAUCGCAAACGUCUUUGCAACAGCAGCUUACCGCUUUGCUCACUUGGCAAUCCAACCAGUGCUGUCAAGACUGGAUGCCAACAACAACGAGCAUCCCCAGUUCCCCAGUGUGCCCUUAUAUGAGGCCUUCUUCACCCCCUGGAGAGUGGUCUUUGAGGGUGGAAUUGACCCUCUGCUGCGGGGUCUGAUUAUCCGGCCAGCCAAACUGAACACCCAGGACCACAUGUUGGUGAAUGCUUUGAGGGAGAGGUUGUUCCAGUUCGUGCAGCACCUGGCUCUGGAUCUCGGUUCUCUAAACAUGCAGCGAUCUCGGGAUCAUGGCAUACCUGGCUACAAUGCAUGGCGCAGGUUCUGCGGUCUGUCUCAGCCCCAGAACCAGGCACAGCUAGCACAAGUUCUGGGCAACAAUGAUCUUGCUCGCAGACUCCUGGAGCUCUAUGGGACGCCUGAUAACAUUGAUAUCUGGCUUGGAGGUGUGGCAGAGCCCUUCGUGCGCGGUGGUCGAGUGGGGCCCCUGUUUGCCUGCCUGAUUGCAACCCAGUUCCAGAGGAUCCGCCAGGGGGACAGGUUGUGGUACGAGAAACCAGGCGUUUUUACCCCAAGCCAGAGAGCUGCUUUGCGUUCGGUCAGCAUGUCUAGAAUUAUCUGUGAUAAUACCGGCAUUGCAGCCGUCCCUAUGGAUGCCUACAGAAUCGUCUCAAGUUCUAAUCGCCUGGUCCGAUGCUCAUCCAUCGCUGGCCUAAACCUAGCAGCCUGGAGGGAGAGGCCUGCUGACUCAGAUGAAAGUAACUUGAAAACCAAUCAAGGAGAGAACACAAACAGGCUGGAUGUAAGUGAGGUGAAUGAGAUGGACCCUCAGGACUAUGAGCGUCCUCAAGGACCCCAAAAACUCCCCGAACCUCUGAUCCCCCUUGACAAAGAGAUCCUGUAGGACCCUCUGCUGUCAGAAACCCCUCAGGAGAACCAUCAGUGCUGGAAAGCCACCGUCUGCUCUCUAUUUCUUUCUGGGUGGAUCUAACCUGUUCAAAUAAACAAUUCCUGCAAAGUUCCUGUCUUUAGGGCAGGCCUCAUUGACUCACAUUGGUUCAUAAAUGGGAUUUAUUUCAUUAUAACUUUCACCUUUCCAGACACAUUUUGGACUUUUAGUUGAAAAUUUAAGGAACUUUUCAUUCCAAACUCAGCUGAGACAUAAAGGUUUCUAUGAAGAAUAUCAACUGUUCUAAACUUCAACCUCACUCUAAUCUUCAAACAAACUAUAUAAAGUCCUCCCAUUUAAUUUUUUCAAAUGUCUUUGUGUUGUUUUACAUUUUUGACUGAUGAACCUCCCACAGACAAACCAAACUAUUAUGUUAUAUUAUAGAGAAUAUCCCUGUUUAGUAGGUUACAGGUUUUAAUUAUGCUACGGCCAAAAUAACUUUAUUUUUUCCAUCCUGUUUUGAUUAGCCUAUGCUUAUGGUUGCCGGUAAAAGUAUUUUAUCAUCCAAUACUAUGUGGAAAUUUGCAGUAAAGGUUUCCAACGUUU